ACAUGCUUCAUAGUAUACUAUACAUACAUGUGUAUACGCAAAUAACACCACAACACCAUGGCGCCACACCGCAAAGCCCGCGCCAGCCAGCCCCAGCAGCCGCCGCCCUCGGACUAUGAGACCGAUGCCAUACCUUCAGUCGACGUGCCCCUCCCCCCGCCGCGUUCCAACGAAGAGCUCAACUUGUCGGUUCUCCGCCGCCAGUAUCCCGCCCUUGCCUCCAUUGAGCAUGUCACCCCCUAUGCCGCUCUAUACACUUUCAACCUCGAGACGCAGCAGUGGGAGAAGAUGGGCGUUGAGGGCACCCUCUUUAUUUGCCAGCUCACACCCUCGCCCAUGGGCGCCGAGCGCUACUGCGCCAUCAUCCUCAACCGCAGAGGACUCGACAACUUCUACGAGGAGCUCACCAGCAGCGACGAAAUGGAGAUCUCGGAUCCCUAUGUCAUCAUCCAGGGUGAGCAAGUUUACGGCAUCUGGAUCUUUGCUGAUCCGCCGCCCUCGUCGACGGCAAACUGCCGCCAGGAAACGGCCGCUAAGAUGAUGGCCGUCGCCGACAAGGCCAAAGCAAGCCGUGCCGCUCUCCAUGGUUCACCAGACCCCGUAUCUUCCACCCCCAUGGGCCGCCAACUAUCGCUGCGAGAGCUCUUUGGUCAGCAACGUGAGCAGGAUGCCGACUUUAGCUUGCACCACCACGACAGCCACCCUAUGCCGAGCAUGCACCAUCCGCCACAGCAGCAGCCAUACAUGGCUCAUGCCGGUCCUGCGCAACCAGACGUGCUAGGUCAGCUGUUCAUGCGCGCAAAGCAAAACCACAAUGGCUUAGGGUGAUGUGUUUCCGCUCAAUGGAUAUGUCACGCACGCCCGCUCGAACGCACAAGUCUUUGUACCAUCCGGAGCGCGCCUAUCGAUACAUGCCGGCAAAUAGACUCCAGCGUCGCAUCACGCUUGUUCAGUGAUAUACAGGUCCUGCCAAGACGCAUCUCCAUGCCUUCGACGUACUCCCUUGGCUGACCUGACAAACGGAGAGCAAACAUCAGCAGCUUGUCUAGGCCUCCUGUUCAUCCAGACUCAGUGAUUUGGUACUUUACUCAAGGGUGUAUAGUAUCUAUUGCCAGAGAAACCUAGUGAAUACAGAAUGCUGGUCAUCAUCUACACAGCAUCAUCAACGCAGGUCUGUUCGGGUACAUCCACUAGACCAUGACAUUGUUCAGUGCGAUUCUUUCACGUUGGUAAUUGAUAGUCAAAAAGAUACCCGUUUUCAAGAUG